AUGAUUACAACAUUAGACUCCAACGAAGAAGAUUUGACAUUAUACAAACAAAUAUUACGAAAACAGAAAGAACUUUAUUCAGUUGAGCAGAUUUUAAAUGGUCAACAUUUGAAUCUAUUAGAAGAUAGAUAUACGCCUAAAGCAUACUCAAGUGCUGGCUAUUUUUAUAGACAUAAAACAGUUACAGCGACGUCAGCAAAAACUGGAUUUAAAAAAAGUUUAUCAAAGAGCGGCGACGCUUCAAAUGAUCUACUAAUAACCAUGUUCAGUGAAUCAAUGGAACAUUUGGAUCUAAUUGAACAGCAAACGCUCACAUCCGUUUCUGAUGAAUGGAAAGAAUUUGAAAAAAUUAAUUAUACAUUUUCACAACCAACACCACUACCAUCAACAGCAAGUACUAGUAGUAAUCAACAGCAAGUAGACACAACACUCUCUUUAUCAGAUAAAGAUAAAGUUGAUUCACUUAUCAAACAACCCAAACUACCAGUGAAAACAGUCGUCAAACGUACAACAACAAACCUUCAACAAAAAUCUAAAGCGGGCAAAAGAAACACAGCUGCAAAGUCGUUAGAAGAUUCAAAAACUACAGUAAUAAAGAAAAACAAAGUAGCAACACCAAGGCAGAGCAUGAACAAAAAGUCGGGGCCAAAAGCAUUAAUGGCUGUUCACAACUAA